CAACAUGGUAAAAAGGUGUCGAGAACUACGUGUUUUCAGUAGAGAUUUUCAGAUGCUAUCAAUAAUUUUAGAUCUAAAAGUCACAUGGGUCAUAUGAUUGCAUCUCUUGCUAAAUCACUCGCCCCCACCCUAUGAAACGCAUAGCUACAUUGCACCCAGCGUAGAAGAGGCUGGGGAUGGGCUGCUGUUCAGCACUGCCCUACUUAGUUUCAAAUAUGGACAAGGCAAAAAUGGCAACCUUAGACGUGACAGCAGUAGCUGCUAAAAACAGAACUGACACAGAGGAGAUAGGAGUCUACACCCUCUAGGACAAACAUAACAGGCCUACUACUUAGCCUGAAGCUGGGCCUAUGAUAGACUGCUUUUAGAAAGGACUUCAUACUAAACUUUUCAGACUUUUUAAGUUGUUUAGUUGUGUUUGAAAUCGUUGACACCAUGGACAACUUGGAGAAACAGCUGAUUUGUCCAAUAUGCCUGGAAAUGUUUACAAAGCCUGUGGUCAUCCUACCCUGCCAGCACAACCUGUGCAGAAAAUGUGCCAAUGAUGUUUUCCAGGCUUCAAACCCGUACCUUCCAACAAGAAGCGGCUCGUUGACCUCUGGUGGCCGUUUCCGAUGCCCGUCCUGCAGACACGAGGUGAUUCUGGACAGGCAUGGUGUUUACGGCCUGCAGAGGAACCUGUUGGUUGAGAAUAUCAUUGACAUGUUCAAACAAGAAUCCAGCAGCAGCAAACCAGCACCAGAGAAAAAGGAAGAAACGCCCAUGUGUGAUAUUCACGAGGAUGAAAAGAUCAACAUUUACUGCGUGACCCACGGUGUGCCCAUAUGCUCCAUGUGCAAGGUCUUUGGAGCCCACAAAGACUGCGAGGUGGCUCCUCUCAGCAGCAUCUACCAGACGAAGAAGACGGAGCUGAGUGACGGGAUUGCCAUGGUGGUUGGUAACAACGACAGGAUGCAGGGCAUCAUUAGUCAGCUAGAGGAAGCCUGUCGUGCCAUAGAGGAGAACAGUCGGAGACAGAAGACUCUGGUUUGUGAAAAGUUUGACCACCUGUACUCUAUCCUGGAGGAGAAAAAGAGGGAGAUGAGUCAGAAGGUGACAGGCGAACAGGAAGAGAAGGUAAACUAUAUCCGGGGCCUGACAAGGAAAUAUGGAGACCAUCUGGAGGAGAGCUGUAAAAUCUUGGAGAUGGGGAUCCAGACUAUGGAUGAGCCAGAAAUGGCUUUAUUCCUGCAGAACACAAAGCCUCUCCUCAAAAAGAUUGAAGAGGCAUCCAGUGCAGCGCACCUGGAUAAAGUAGAGCUUGGCUACGAGAGUAUGGAUCACUACAAAGUCGACUUCAAGAAAGAGGGCAAGGCCCUGCGGAGCAUCGACUUCAUCCAAGAUGACAAAGAUGAGGAUGAAGAAGAUGAGGCUGCAGGAGCCGGUGCUGAGGAAGGAGAAGGAUCACAAACUGUUCCUGGAGGUGCUGUUUCAGCCACCUCUGCCCAGCCUUCUGCACCCCCACAGCAGAUGAGCUCCUCCCCCAGCGCACCCACGAGCACUCCCUCAACUUAGCUGUCAGCCAUCGGCCCUGACAACACCUAAACCAGAAGCAGGAUUGAUUGUUGCUCCUAAAUGUUGACCUCAGGUCAGCUGUGAUACAUUUUUAGCCACGAGGGGAACCUAAUCUGUGUAUGUAGAUCUUAAGGAAGGCAGAGAUGUUUUACUUCUGCCUCUUUUGUUGUGAUUGGUCUAUCACAGCAUUCGGACUGAUUUAAUCUCUUUUUCUCUUAUUAAAAAAAGAUGCUUUAGUUCCUCCUUUUCAUUUUGAACAUGCUUAAUGACAGAGGGACUUUGACUGUCAUUCAGCUCUUUGCAGAAUUCAGAUGUACUCAAAUAUUUUUUUUAUGUGGUUGACCUUUUGAGACUUGCUCCUUAAACUCCAUCAUUAAAAAAACAUAAUAGGAGAGCCGCUGGUUCUCCUCCCUGUUGUAUACUUCUUGAUGACUGAUAUAACUCUGUGAGUAAUGUAGCAGAGUGAUAAAAUGAGCACUGUGACAUUUCAGUAUUUCCUACAUCGGGCUGCUUGCGUUAUGUUUAAUAUUCUUCAUUGUAAUGUGGCACAGGUAUUAUUUCCCAUGAUGAUAUAUAUGAUACAUGCAUAUUAUAUACAUUAAAAAUGAUUUGACUAAA